AAAUAAAAUAAUGCAAUAUUAUGCACAGACAUUCGACUUAAAUCACAGAGCAAGCACAUGGCACUAGUAUCAAGGAAAUAACGUCCUUUGUAUACGCAAAAACCUUGAGCAGAACAAAUUUCCUUAGGUGAGAAGCCUUCAGCCCCAUUGGCAUAUGCUGAGAAGGUGGGGCAGAUGGAGUGAAAUUUAUAAAUUCUGACAUUUUGCAAAAAAACAAGAAUGCAAGCUAGUGAAAAGAAAAUACCAAUACGAUAAAAAAAAGUGCCUGUUUCCAGCAGAUGAAUUAAUCUGCCCUGACAGCUCAGUAGCAUCUUUCAAUCCUGUCUAAAGGUUCUCACAGCCAUGCCGACAAGUUGUCCACCCUACCAACUUCAGCAAUCUAGGGGGGGUUCUGCACCCCUGCUUUCUGUCAUGAGUGUAAUUUAAGAGGUCAGAGUUCAGACCUCUCACUGGGACCUGUUUAUCACUCAAGGGGUUGUGUGACCAAGGCGGGAGGGUAGGGGGGAGUGGAGUUUUUUUUCAAGUGGUCACCUCCAGGAAAGCUCCCAGCCGGUCAGUGGCCCAUGAUUGAGAGGAGGACAUGGUAUAAAAAGAGUCAAAGGGAAUGGACAUAGAAGAAAAGAGAGUCACAGCUUACACACAGUAAACAUUUUAUAAAGGUAGAAUAUCCACAAAGAGAGGAAGACGAGGUUUGCCUUUCUGAUCGGAGAAAUUGCUAUGGCACUACAGAUGAAUUAUUGGAUGUGUUUGGUUGCCCUAUUAUUGACAGUAACUUCAAGCCAUGCUUUGAUAAGGAUUGGCCUGCAGAAGAUGCCGACUAUCAGGGAGACACUGAAGGAGAUGGGUGUUUCUGCAGAGCAGGUGUUGACUGAGCUAGCCCAGAUGAGCACAGACAACACCAACAACGGCACAGUUCCCACGCCUCUGACCAACUACUUGGAUACUCAGUACUUUGGGGAAAUCAGCAUCGGCUCUCCGGCACAGCUGUUCAAUGUCGUGUUUGACACCGGCUCAUCAAACUUGUGGGUGCCUUCUCAAAGCUGCUCACCUUUCUCCACAGCCUGUUUUACUCACAACAGGUAUGAUGCCUCCAGAUCCCAGACUCAUGUUGAUAACGGCACCGGAUUUUCCAUCCAGUACGCCUCUGGAAAUGUCCGGGGAUUUCUGAGCGAGGAUGUGGUCGUGGUCGGAGGUAUUCCUGUGGUGCAGGUGUUUGCUGAAGCCACUUCUCUGUCUGCCAUGCCUUUCAUCUUUGCAAAGUUUGAUGGAGUCCUGGGGAUGGGUUACCCUAACGUGGCCAUUGACGGCAUCACACCGGUGUUUGACCGCAUCAUGUCUCAGCAUGUCCUCAAGGAAGAGGUGUUCUCUGUCUACUACAGCAGGGACCCUAAACACUCCCCCGGUGGAGAGUUGGUUCUUGGGGGCACUGAUCCAAACUAUUACACUGGAAGCUUUAAUUACAUGGACACCAGAGAGAUGGGCAAGUGGGAAGUAACCAUGAAAGGUGUUUCUGUCGGGGUGGAGAUGAUGUUUUGUGUUGAGGGCUGCACAGCUGUAAUCGACACAGGCUCCUCCUACAUCACAGGCCCUGCCUCCUCUGUGUCUGUCCUUAUGAAAACCAUCGGAGCACAGCUGGAUGAAAGUGGAUACAAAGUUAACUGUGAAACUGUGAAGACGCUGCCCACUAUCACGUUCCACCUGGGUGGUCAGGAGUACUUGCUCCCUCAGGAGGAUUAUAUCUUAUGGCAAACACAGAUCGAGGGCGACGUCUGCACCGUCACCUUCAGGGGUUUGGACGUACCGCCACCUACAGGUCCCAUCUGGAUUUUGGGAGCCAAUUUCAUCGCCCGCUACUACACAGAGUUUGACCGUCGCAACAAUCGAAUAGGGUUUGCCACAGCAGUCUGACAGUAUCUUAAACAUCAGCUGUGUUGUUGUUUAGUUUUUUUCUCUUACUUUGCUGCUAUCUCCAGUACUCACUUCAGUCGCUUUUUAUGAUGACCCAUGAUCAAAGUACAUCUUUAAAAAAGAAAAGAAAAAAAGAUACACAAGUACACAUUGAGGAAUAUCAUUCUCUAUUUUUUUUUUGCCUAUUCUCUGUUAUAUUACAUUUUGAACAGCUGCACUGAAUACCUUCUAAACUUUUUUUUUUUAUUUAUAAGCAUUUACAAGCAAAUGCAAUGUUUCUUUGUGCGACCGCUGUUUAUAUCCUACAGUAACAAUGACAACCCCUACCUUCAUUGUAUGGAUCUAAUGAGAAUAAAGUUGUUUUACUGCAGGGGUUUA